UGGUGGAUUGCAGUCGAUACAGCGGAGGAAGCAUCCAAAAAAAACACAAUGGAUCUAAACAAUUGUGGAUUUAUUGAUCCGCAGGCGCAGUUGAGUGCUGCCUUGGAAAAACAUGAUUUACGUGAAUUUCACACUGCCCUGGAAAUGGGAGCUCGACCAAAUUUACAGGAUGAGCGUCAUAUAAGCAUUUACGAGAAGGCUCUAUCGAAGCCAAAUUGUGGCCAAUUCAUUGAAGCCUGUCUAAGUCAUGGUUGCAAUGUGAAUUAUAUUAAUCAGAAACUAAACAAAGCUGCCAUUAACUAUGCUGCCGAUUCCCGAGAUCCAGGAAAUGUAAAGGCUUUACUGAGACAUAGCGGAGUACAAGUGGAUCGUAAAUAUGGCAAUUUGACGCCACUGAAUUCAUUGGCCAAAAAUCUCAAUGCCGAGAAUGUGAACCAAGUAAGAGAGUGUAUGGAACUUUUACUGGACUAUGGAGCCUCACCCAAUGUGGUGGAUCAGGGAGAAAUGACACCAUUGCAUCAUGUGCUAAGGAAUAACAAGAUCAAGUCUAUUAAACAAGAAUUAAUAUUGCUUUUUUUGGCCCAAACCAAAUUGGAUAUCGAUAGCUAUCGCAAUGGACAAGUGCGUCAGAUGCUGGAGCAACAAUAUCCAGACUUUCAGUUGCCUGAGAAACGUGAAAGUGGUCCACAAAUCGAUGUGGAGAGGCUAAUGCGCACACUCAGAGACGGAGAUGAGCAACAGUUUGAGCAACAAUUCGGUGAAUAUCACUUGAAUCAAAGUGGCCUAGCUGACAACUCAAAGAACACGCAACAAGAACAGUAUUCACCCUUGCUAAUGGAGUCCAUCAAGCGAGGUAAACAACGAGCCCUUGAGGCCAUAAUGGCAACGGAUGCCAUUAGGAUUGAUAGCUCUCAUCUGGAAUUGUCCAUCAUAUGGGGUAAUUGGCGGGCCUUGGACAAAUUACUCAAGGAUUCCAAUUUGAAGUUAAAGCCAAAUUCAUCUCUACUUAACUCAGUGAUUGGACGACUGAAUGAGCCUCCUUUGGAUGAUUUCUGUGAUUAUCAGCGUUGUUUUGAGUUACUUUUGGCCAGCGAUUUGGUGGACAUAAAUGAGAAAGAUGCUGGCGGUAAAGUGCCAUUACACUAUGCUGUCAAAUAUAGAAACCAAAAGGCCAUAGAGACUUUACUGCGUCAUGGUGCUUAUAUAGGAGCCAAGAGUGUAUUCCAGGACCUGCCCAUACAGGAUAUGGCUCCGGAAUUGCUGGAAGAGCAUUUUGAUUCCUGCAUUACCACAAAUGGCCAGAAGCCAGGUGUUGAGGGUUUCGAGAUAAUGAUCAACUACAAGAAUCUGAUGCGUCAAGAGAAACCGGAUAGUGGUAAAAAUCUGCAAUAUUUGCACGAUGAGAUGUCCCCCAUAGCCUAUAUGGCUGAGACCAAGGAAUUUCGUCAUUUGCUACAACAUCCAUUGAUAUCAAGUUUUUUGUUCUUAAAAUGGCAUCGCUUGUCGGUGAUAUUCUAUUUGAAUUUCCUGCUCUAUACCCUCUUCACCAUAUGCAUUAUAACCCACACUCUAUUGAAAUUCCAUGAGAGUGAACACAAGGCAUUGACGGCUCUAUUUGGUCUUGGCUCUUGGAUUGGUAUUAUAUAUCUAUUGAUACGUGAAUUUAUACAAUUUGUAAUGUCGCCAGUGUUUCACUUUUGGUCCAUAACGAAUGUGAUGGAAGUGACUCUGAUUAUACUCUCCAUAUUCACCUGCAUGGAGGCCUCGUAUGACAAGGAGACGCAACGAGUUUUGGCUGUUUUUACCAUCUUGCUGGUGGCCUUGGAAUUUUGUCUACUUGUGGGAUCUUUGCCAGUUUUAUCCAUAUCCACGCACAUGUUAAUGUUGCGAGCUGUUUCCAGUAGUUUCAUCAAAAGUUUUGCCCUCUAUUCGAUAUUUGUGUUGACCUUUAGUUUGUGUUUCUAUAUACUCUUUGGCAAGCAAGAAGAAGAUGCCAAAGAAGCAACGCCAAGUGGCCAAAAGGGUGGUGAGGAUGAGGCAGAUGAUGAUCGUUUUAAUACCUUUUCGGUGCCCAUGGAGGCUUUGAUUAAGACCAUUGUGAUGUUGACGGGUGAAUUUGAUGCUGGUUCACUUAAAUUCGGCGGCAGUCCUUAUACAUAUUUCAUAUUUUUACUCUUUGUCUUCUUCAUGACCAUUGUGUUGUUCAAUUUACUCAACGGUCUGGCUGUAAGUGAUACUCAGGCCAUCAAAGCCCAAGCGGAAUUGAAUGGUGCUAUAUGUCGUACGAAUCUCCUAACACGUUAUGAACGUGUCCUUACUGGUCGUCAUGGACGUGCUGGCUUUAUAGUGCAAACUGAACCUUUUCGUAGUAUAUGCAGACGUUUGCUCAAUAUUUAUCCCAAUUAUAUAACCAUACGUCAGAUCUAUAUAUUGCCCAAUAAUGGCAAUAAAGUUCUUAUACCCAUAACCGAUGAUUCCUAUGAAUUGCAACCAUUAAAAUCUGGCCAAAAUGGCAAUGGUUUGGCCAAUUUCCAACCAUUGGCCACAAAUCCAUCACAGGCACAGAAAAAAUUACUUGAUCCACCAUUGCAAUUGAUGCCCAGCAAUUGUUGUUGUUGUUCUCUAUUGUCGGGCAAAUGUUCACAAAUUGAUAAUCGUACAGUUAAAUUGGCUUUAGCUGUGAUUGAUAAAAAAUCAACAACGGAAAUCAAACAACAAAGGGAACAAAUGACCGAAAGACGACUUUUGCAUAUUGAACAACAAUUGGAACAUUUGCUGCAACUAAUGCAACAGCAGCAGCAACAACAACAACAAUAAUAAAGAUCCUAAAUAUAGUUUACUUAAGUUAAUUUAUACAGAAAACAAAAGUUAAUAUAUGUAGUCCAGAAAUUGGUUUUUAUUAACAUACGAAUAAUUAGAUUUAACAAAACCCCUUAAUAAUUUGUCCAUUUUUUUGUGUUUUUUUUUAGUAUAUAAUGAUUAUAUAGACAGUAAAUAUUGUAUAAACGAAU